AUGGACAGUCCUGUCAUUUGUGUAUCUUUGAGUGACACUCUUAAUGCUUGUGAAGCUCUUUCAGAGUUCUAUCGGGACUACAGCGGGAAUUUUGGUUUCCAGGCCCGCAAGGGCUUUUAUAUCUCUAACGACUCAGUUGCCCUUGUACUUGCAGUGCGCGGCAAUUCUAAUGGCCCAAAAGCAGUGCAGAAAAAGCAUUGUGAGAGAUCCUGCCAUUCGAAAAAGCCAGCAGACUAA